AAUAUGAGACCCAGCCUCCUCGGCGGUCAGCACCGUAGCAGGCUUUCAUUUCCACGAACACCGGCGCAGCAACAGCACUUACGAUCGGAAAGCGCCGUAGCGACGUACUAGAUCAGUAACCCAGCCCUCCAGCACCAACAACCUCCCCUCUAGGGCUCUGCCACCACCACUUCUAGCAUGGGACAGGGACUAUCCCAUAAUGGCAUGCCCAGCGGCGGGGACUUCUACGGGGCCCCUAUCUACGCGACCAGCCUUAGCCACGAUCGGCAGACGGAGGUGCGCGUGAGUGGAGAUUCGGACACCGUACAAAUCGGCCCGCGCGCCCAACUCCCGUAUCUGGAGACGCUCGGUAUGCGUAAGCAGGACUUCUUCCGACGGUUAGGCCUGGUGGUCAAGACCCGCGGUAGCCGGAUCACGCAGAACGCCGAGGUCGUGAUCGCCGACUUCUACAGACUAGACGGAAAGCGUUUCGUGCCACGAAACCACGGACAGGGGCCGCAGCCUACGGACUGGCACGGACUCAAGGGCCCUGCCGAGGCCAGCUGCGGCCUGCGCGCCGGAGACACGCUCUACGCCAUCAACCACCGACUUGUAAUGAACAAAUCCAAGGGACAGGUGUUGCGGCAGAUUAACGCGCUGCUGGAGAAGGGCGAUGGUGCAACUGUGGUUCUCACGUGGAAACACACAGACGAAAUCGAGGUCGUGUCCUGGGAAAGCGAGCUGUGCAUGCCGCCGCCUGAGGGCGUCUAUACACAGAUGGAGAACGAGUGGGGACCUGCGCGGCCAAGCAAGAUCUCCUCCGUCUCCAUCUAGCAAUCAGGCCUGUUCCUCCCCCAUGUUUGAGCGCGCGCCAUCGCCACAACCAGCCCACCAGCGAACGACAUUCCAGUUUUCACUUUUUAUCUUUUUCAACGGCAUCUUUUCUUUUGCCGUGUCCGCCUACUACAAGACAUCAGCAGCUAUGGAGGAGCUCGCCGAUUCUAGCGCAUGUGAUCCAUCUCAAGCACGUUGGCCUAGAAGUUUCGGUAGAACAUGAGGUCUUUUCGUCGAUCGGUAGCACUCACGAUCGGUGACAUCUAGUGAUCGAGCGACGAGGAACGGUCAACGAAACAUCACGAUUGACCAAAACGGCGUGCAACACAUGAGCCAACGGAGAACAGCGAAGGAGGAAGGAGGACAGGCUCAACACGAGGUUUGGCUAGCAAUUGUUCGCUGUUUCUAGUUUAUUUAGUUUUGCAUUUCUCUCGAUGCCAUCGACGGCGUUUUGCACCGCAGACGUCUACAGAUCGGCUGCCUGCUCCUUCCGCUGGAAGAGGGAGACUGGCGUUGCUGCUACGACAGUGUAAACAAGUAUUAUACAAUAACACGUUCAAUCGCUGUUGCAGUUCC